UUUCCUUUUGGUUUUCCCACGUUGCGUCAUAAAAAAGAGAAGAAAAUUUAUUGAAAAAAUUUCAUUUCUCUUCUGUAAUAAUGUCUAGAUUCUUCGCUGCUCGUUCAUCUGGCAGCGAGGAUGAAUCAAGCGACGAAGCGCCAGUUGCUGUACCAAAACCAGCGCCCACAGUUGCUUCAAGGGCUCAGUUUCUGUUCAGUGACGAAGAAGAUGAGGACACGAAACGCGUUGUCCGAAGUCAAAAAGACAAACGAUUUGAUGAAAUAUCCAGCAUUGCCAAGCAACUGAAAAAUCACAAGAAAAUCAAAGACAUGUCCAAGAUCCUGACAGAGUUUGAAAAUCUUGGUCGAGCAUUCACGAAAGCAAAGAAUGUAGUUGAUAAGGAAGGAAUUCCAACCACAUUUAUCAAAUGUUUGGUGGAGUUGGAAGAUUUCAUCAAAGAGAACUGGGAGGACACUGAAGGAAGAAAAAAGCUCAGCAAAUUGAAUGCCAAGGCACUCACUGCUUUGAGGCAAAAGGUUAAGAAGUACAAUAAGACAUUUGAAAAUGAUAUUGAGAAAUACAGAGAGAAUCCACUCAUCUCUGAUGAUGGUGAGGAAGAAGAUGCUGGCAGAUCAGAUGAUUCAGAUGAGGAUGAUGACAUCGUCUUGAAAAAACCUGAACCACAAGCUGCUAAACAAAAAGCAGAUAAAUUUGAGGAUUCAGACAGUGAAUUUGAUGAUAUGGACAGCGAUGUUGAAACAGACAGCAGCAGUGAUAGCGAUCUUGAUAUCCCUCAAGGGGGGAAAGUUACUGCUGCCAUGUUCUUGAAGAGAGAACGGGAUGAAGAUGAAGAGAAAACUAAAGAGAAGAAACUUGAAAAGGAAAGACAAAAAAAACGCAGACAAAAAGUGAAAGAAGAUCAAGAAGAAGAGGAUGAAGGAGAGGAAUGGGAGCAAGUCAAAUCAUCUCACACCAUUGAGAAGACCAGAGCAUUGUUUGCCAAAGACACAGAGAUAAAUCACGCCGUUAUUCUCAAGAAAUUGCACGAGAUUUUAGGAGCUCGUGGAAAAAAGGGAACUGACAGAACAGACCAAAUUGAGUACCUCAAGGAUUUAAGAAAGAUUGCAGAGAAAAACAACCUAGGUGUUGCAAUGAGCAUCAAGAUCAUGUUCAACAUUAUUGCAUCCAUCUUUGAUUACAACCCAAAUGCAGCCACUUGUAUGAAACCAGAAAUGUGGAAAAGUUGUCUGGAAUACGUGAAUGAAUUGUUGAUAAAACUCGUGGAUAAUCCUAACGUCACUGUGGGAGAAAACAUCGCAGAAGAUGCUGAAAAUUUGGAGGAUGCGGACGCUGGGUUCAAAAUUCGCGGUUGCAUUUUGAUCGCAAUCGAGAGAACUGACGAUGAAUUCACAAAGAUGUUACAAGGAUGUGAUUGUCAUUCCACUGAGUAUGUUGAGAGGUUGAAAGAUGAGAUUACUAUGACCUUAUUGAUCAGCAGAGUUAUGAAAUAUCUUGAAGACCACGAUGCUGCUCCCAGCAUGAUCUGCAGAGUUUAUCUCAGAUUUAUUGAACACAUUUACUAUAAGCUUGACAUGGUUCGUAUGAAGGAAAUGAGCGAGGAAAGGAAAUUGAACAAAACUUCAGACGAAGAGGAAGUGUCAGUAGAUCAAGCGGCAGCAUCGACAGCCUCUCAGAUGGAGGGAAUGUGUCAGUUCAUUUACUCCAAAGACGACUCGAACCGUAUCAGGACCAGAGCGAUGUUAUGUCACGUUUAUUUCCUCGCUCUGCAUGAUCGCUGGUACGAGGCACGUGAUCUCAUGCUGAUGUCACAUUUGCAGGAGAAUAUCGGGCACUCUGAUAUACCCACACAGAUUUUGUACAACCGUACCAUGGUACAGCUUGGUCUGUGCGCGUUCCGUCAUGGUAUGAUCAAAGACGCACACAACGCCUUACAUGACGUACAGUCAAGUGGCAAGGCUAAAGAACUUUUGGCGCAGGGUCUAAUGCAGCAGAGACAACACGAGAGGAAUUUGGAACAAGAAAAAAUUGAACGGCGAAGAUUGGUGCCAUUCCACAUGCAUAUUAACCUGGAACUGCUGGAGUGUGUCUACCUCACCUCAGCGAUGUUGCUCGAGAUUCCUCAUAUGGCAGCACGAGAGUUUGAGCAUCGUCGACGUAUGAUUAGCAAGAGUUUCCAUCAUCAACUGAAACUGAGCGAUAGACAGCCUUUAGUAGGUCCACCUGAGAGCAUGCGCGAACACGUUGUAGCCGCGUCGAAAGAAAUGAGCAAAGGAAAUUGGCGCGAGUGUGCCGACUUUAUUCUGGCCGUUAAGGUGUGGAACUUAUUCGACCAGGCCGAGGAAGUGAAGAAGAUGUUAAAAAGAAAGAUCCAAGAAGAAUCACUCAGGACUUACCUUUUCAGCUACAACAGCGUGUAUGAUUCCAUUAGUAUGAAUACUCUGGCUGCAAUGUUUGAACUGGACCGUCCUGUUGUGCACAGCAUAAUCAGCAAAAUGAUCAUCAACAGCGAAUUACAGGCAUCUUGGGACGAGCCAACCCAAACUGUGGUCAUGCACCGUGGUGCUGAACCAUCUCGUCUACAGAGCUUAGCACUGCAAUUGGCAGACAAGAUCAGCACUCUUGUUGAUAACAACGAACGAGUAUUGGACACGAAACAUCAAUUUAACUAUCGUGAUCGACAAGGGCAAGGACGAUACAGACCUCAAAGAAGUCAGCAAGUAUAUUAAAGUUUUCGGAUCAAGGACAAUCACAAAGGCGGUAUACAUAGUCAGAGUAAUUGUAACUCGAUAACAAGAGAGAAAAUAUUUAAUAGGGACGUUACCGGAUAGGAAUACGAAAACGCACAAAAGCAUUCAAAAUCACCAAAUAUAAUCAUCUCUAUUCCGGACCUAAUAUAAUACAUUACAUUCUAGAUCCUGGGUAUAGGAAGUUAUUGAGGUUGGAGGGUCUGAGGUUUACCCCCUUCUUCCCCCGCUUCCUACGCCCUUGUUCUAGAAUUUUUCUCUUUAUUGGAAAAUAUUUAGUUUGAAAAUAAAAAUCCGCUUGUCAUGGA